UUUGUCAAAGUUAAUUAGUUUCUUAGCACCAAAACGAGGAAUAGAAUUCGCAUGACACAAGGCAUCGCACUAUUUUCUUACCAAAGCAUCAAAGUUUUGUCUUUUUAUUUAUGAUAAGGAUUACUUUUCUGCACACUUUGAAAUGGUUAAGUUAAUCGGAUGGAUCGUUUGGAUCUUCAUUGGAGUUUUUCUAGUUUUGCGCCAAGCUGUAGCUAUGAUACCCGAAGAAAUAAUGGAGGUCGCUUGCGCUGAGGAUGAGCAUUGUCAUUAUUACGAAACGGAAAAUGUUACAUCGUCCUGCGUUCAUGGCUUGUGCCAUUGUUACAAUAACCAAACAAAUGUGGAUGUUACCUGUGAACCGAAUAUUCUCCACACGAAUAACAUAAUCGGUGGUAACUGUCCUUGCAAGUUCCCGCAUGCCGAAUGUCAUCAAGCGGACUAUCUCUGCUACUGCGAGGACGACUACGUACCCACAAUAGACAGAAGACGGUGCAUACCGAAACAAGUACCAUUGGGCGAACCAUGUGAAACUGAUGAACAAUGUCUGUUUUCAACUGUAUUCAGUCACUGUGAUGGGAGCACAAAAACCUGUUCAUGCGACGCUGGCUUUUUAAGGAAUGACUCCAUAUGUCUAUCGCAAACCAAGCUCAGAGCCAAAUGUGACGACAGAAUGAGGUGCUCCCAACACGGACCGCACAAAAUUUGUUUUCCAGAAGUAGGCGAGUGUGUUUGCGAACAGGGCUAUGUAAGUGCAAACACUUCGGAGGAAUGUCUACCGGGACGAAAACUCCACGAAGACUGUCAAGAUGCGAGCCAAUGCUAUGCUUUUAUGGGACCAGGUGCUACCUGUGAGAAGGGCAAAUGUCAGUGUAGGGUAGAAUAUUCAAUUGUGACGAGAAAGACCAAGGAAAACCGCUAUAGUAUUGCUUUGGAAAAAAUCUGCACGCCCUUAGCGGAAGUCGGCCAGUAUUGCACGCUUAAUGAGCACUGCCACAAUGGACCUGAGGACGAGGAUGAGCAGUUGAUGGAAUGCGAUCACGGCGAAUGUGCUUGCCGGUUUGGCUUCAAAAACCAAGUACCUUGCUCGUCCACGGCCUCAAGUGUGAACGUUAAAAACAAUUUGCUGUGGAUUAUACUGGCUAUGACGGGUUUGCAAAUGCAUGCAUUAAAUUGGGAAGCUCAAAGGACUCGCAGUGCCUAAACAUUAUUCAGCAAAUUGGAAAAGCUCAAUUAAUAUAAAACCUUAGUUUGUGGAAUGAGAAAAUAUGUAUUUGAAAAGUUAUCUCGUGAUCAGAGUGUUUUAUGUCAAAUAUUCUUAUCAAAAUUAACUAACUUGGAUACGCCUAGUUAAUGAUUGUGAAAUUAAAAGUUAAUAAAAAAAGAAAAUGGUUAAA